UACACGACAGUGCUAUUUCAAUAAAACCUGGCAAAUCUUCAUCACAUCUCAACAUAUUCCAUCAAAAUAGAGGCGAUUGAAAUAAUGGAUGCAUCGGCGAGGAUUGAUAAAAACGAGGAGAACAGUUCGAGUGUUCCGGAGCAUCCCGAAAAACCGCCCGGAUUGAAAGUGGUAGCUAGGACUGCGACCGAUGGGCCAACAACGCCCAGACAUGACGAUGAUGAUAGCCCAGAUUACCUUCGGCCAUGGGAAUUGAUUCCUGUUUUCACGGCAAUGGCACUCGCCAUUUUCAUUUUAGGUCUCGAUAACACAAUUGUAGGCACGGCUACUCCCACCAUCACCAAUGAAUUCCACUCGCUGACGGAUUUCGGGUGGUACGGGUCGGCGUACCGACUCUCGACGUGUUCCAGCCAGUUUCUAUUCAGCAAGAUAUAUGAGCAGUGGCGUGUGAAAUGGGUUUUGAUCAUAGCUGUAGUCAUCUUGGAAAUCGGGUCGGUCGUGUCCGCCUCGGCCAGCAGCUCGCCAGCCUUCAUUGUUGGGAGGGCCAUCGCCGGUUCUGGCUCUGCUGGAAUUCUGAUUGGCGUGUUCAUCGCGAUAACCCAUUCCGUUCCACCGCGCUGGAGACCCAUAUGUAAUAGCACCAUCGGCGGCCUCGAGUGCAUUGCCAUGAUCGUUGCACCUAUAAUUGGAGGUGCUCUAACGACAUACGUUACUUGGAGGUGGAACUUCUGGCUUAAUUUACCAGUUGGCGGCGUAACCAUUGCUAUCUUGGCCGUACUCUUCAAGGACUCGAAAAACCAGAAAGUCUCGAACGAUUCAUUUGUCUCCAAGCUCAAGCAACUUAACAUCCUCGCCCUUUUCAUAUUCACGGGGAGCAUCGUUUCCCUUUUGCUAGCAUUAGAAUGGGGCGGUACCACAUAUGACUGGGAUAGUGCUAGAAUUAUUGUGCUUUUGGUCGUCGCUGUGGUUUCCUUUGGCGUCUUUAUGACAUGGGAGGUGUUACGGAAUGAUCGUGCUACUAUUCCUAGCUCUGUCUUACUUAAUAGAACGGCAGGAUUAUGCGUUCUAUAUGCCUUUUGUACUUCGGCGGCUUUUAAUGUCGUUGAUUAUUUCUUGCCUAUAUGGUUCCAGGCUAUCAAAGGGGCGUCGGCUGCUAGCUCGGGAGCAAUGCUUCUUCCAUCGAUCAUCGGCCUUGCUGUUGCCGCUAUAACCUCUGGCUUCAUUGUCUCGUUCUUCGGAUACUAUACACCACUGAUGGUGCUUGGAUCGAUUAUGAUGACCAUCGGAUUCGGAUUUCUCACAGCUUUCACCCCGAGUACGGGGUCCUCUGCUUGGAUAGGAUGGCAAGUUUUGUUUGGAGUCGGAAUUGGAUUUGCAAUCUCCCAGCCAUGGACAGCGAUUCAGGUUGCGCUUCCUCCCGAAGAUAUCCCUGCGGGGUUGUCGGCUAUCUCUUUCGCUAUUAGCAUCGGUGCUGCACUUAUUAUUUCCAUCUCGCAGAAUAUCUUCUCGAACCUUCUUCGAGAUGGCCUAGCGCGUAUACCGGGCGUAGACGUUGAGGGAAUCAUCUCUCAUGGUGCGACGGAUUUGUUGAAGCUUGUACCUCCAUCGCAAAAGGAGAGAGUGCUCGGCGCAUAUAACUGGGCGGUAACAAGGACGUUCUGGGCCUGUGUAGCUGUAGCCCUUCUAGGGUUCCUUGCUGCGCUGGGUAUGGAGUGGAAGUCCGUCAAGAAGUCUGACAAGGUCGGAGAUGUACAGGAUACGUCUGUCGGGGGAAAAGAAGAUAGUGCUGUAUAGUGUGCGAUGCACGUGGGAUGAAUCGGAAGUUGCUGUACAGUUCUAAUCCGGGAAACUGGGGAUGCCCCUGAAAUAUUGACUAUCCACAUAGUCUAUUUCGCCAAGUUGAAAGCAUCGAAUUCACAUUUUCAUUCGUACACACCUAGCUUUAAUAGCUCAUGCUCA